GCUCAUAGGAUGCAUGUUCGUCGGCGGGGAUUGAAAAGAACAUCGUAAACUGAAUCACGACUACACCAGGUUGAUCUCAUCUCACAUACUCCACGAUAUAAGGCAAUUGAAUCGCUAGCAUCAUGCUGGUAGUCUGUGUUCUUGCUCUCACGAUCGCAGGGUUAGCUGCAGGGAUUCCGACACCCGAACCUCCUAAUGGGAUCCGCCAGUGUGCACGCUCUGAAUGUCCUGUCUACACGGAACUAGAAACCUUUGGCCCUGAUAUUUUCAAGAGAAGGAUUGAACCUGGUAAAUGGGCACGAAGUGUCGCUCAAACCUGCAACCGGACUGCUGCAGUGGGAUUAGUCUACCUUGAUCUUCAUAACUACUAUAUGGACAAUGGGAUCUCCAGGACUACACCAAUCAUGCUGGAAAUCACUGAAAACAAGGCCAGAUCAGCUUUCUGUCCCGACCAAUCAGAACGAUUCCCUUGCUGUUCCGAAAUCUACACACUCCUCUUCUACAUCCCUGCAGCUUCGCAAGCAACUGCUCCUGUCCCAUCAAAGGAAUCCGGGGUGUCACUUCUUAAUGCGACAGCUCCUCAGGAAUUCUACGGCAUCACCUUUGAUGGCAGACCAAUCGACAACAAUGUAACUGAGAAAUACAAUCAGCUUGCGGAUUACCUCGAACAGCAGGAACUUCGUUUCGAAGAUGACGAUUUUAUCGUUGCAACGUAUGAUGCACCGUUCCGACCACCACCUCAUCGCAAUGAAAUCCUGAUUCCCAUCAAGAAACACAGGAAGAGAGGCAACAACGACCGUGUCAACAAUGGGAAUGGUGACCAAAACAACCAAGAUCAAGGUCAAGAUCAAAGUCAAGAUCAAGGUCAAGGACGAGGUCGUCGUCAAAGACGUAACGUGGGUGCAUUCUCCAACAUCGAUCUUAUUCCGUUUUGAAGAUGUAGCCAAGCGAUGUCAUUAAGAAUUCUGGGAAAAUUAGCUUUGAUAAUCACGUGACAACUGAUAAUGUUUAUUGAGGAUAUUUAGUUUGUUCCUUUUUGUUUAACUCGGUAGAUUUGGAUAGUUUGUCUGUGUGUUGAUAAAUGGUUGUAUUCUCAUACUAUCAGAGGACUUAAGAGGUCUAAGGUUAACUAACAAUCAAUCUUUUUUCAGGUAUAUCUAAAACUUUUUGAGGUAUCAGACAUGGUUGCAACAGACAAUUCUCCUGGUAUUUAUCUGCCAUGUUAAUUAGUUUGGGCAGACUAAGGAAGCUUGAACCCGAAUUUGCAAAACCUGCUGUAAUGAUAUUAGAAAUAUAAUUAAUGACAACUGCAUGUAUUUGUGAUUCGGUCGUCAGCGGCGUAACAGGGGUCGGUGGCCAGGGGGGGGGCAAGAGCCAAAAAUUUCCCGGUCAUAUCAUGCAUAUUGAACAAGCGUAAUGGUGUAAUGAGGCGACUAUUUUGAGAAGGCCAGAUAUCGCGUAUUGGGCAGAAUUUCUCUUUUGAAAAAGUUGCGAGCGAGCGAAGCGAGCGAGCAAAAAUUUUGACCUUUUUAAUCCAAAAAUCAAAUUUUGUGAUAGAUUUAUACAUGAUAUCCAUUAGAAUAAUAUAUUUCACUCUUCUCUCUUUAGAUUCCUUUUUUGUGGUUUGUACGCCACUGUGAACAGGAUUCUUCGCGGCAGUGAAGAGUAAAAAAUAAAAAAAACGAGGGGUGCAGCUACAGCACAUGUGCUAAAAAGCUGCUUUAUAUAAGUCCCGAGCGAGCGAAGCGAGCGAGAAAAAAAUAACCUUUUCAUGAGAAUCUAACUUUGAGCUAUUUUUUUUACAUUAUAUUCAGUAAAUUAAAUCAUAUCCUACACUUUUCCUUUGCUUUUCUUUCCUCCUUUUUUGUUUGUUCUUGUUUGUAGAACUUUUGGGGCCAUGGCCCAACCCUUCCAUACGAAGUGCUGUGCGGUUGGGGUCCGGAGCGGAGCCCCCGGAACGUCUUGAUAUCAAAGUCAUUUAAACCUCACAGAUUGCCGCUAUUUUAAUCAAAUCGCGGGUAUGAAUAGAAUAUAGCUUUUACACAACUCAUGUAUUCAACCCAGUUGCGUAAUGAACCAAAUAUUUGAGGGGCAAACCAUAACAACGUGGGAAAACUUUGUAAAAAGUCGCCAGCAUGCAAAGCGAGCUGGAAAAAAAAUUGCCUAUUGAAAUUAAAUUCUAAUUAUGUGAUAGAUUUUUCCAUUAUAUUCAGCAAAUAACACAUUUCAUUGUUUCCAUUCAUUACAUUAUACGUUGUAUCCUAUAAUUUAUUUUAUUUCCUCUUGGGUGUGGAACCAAGACCCCCCCCCCCCCUUGUGCCUGUAUGCCAGUGAUUGAACGUGAUUGAAAGGGGGGCGUUAUAGAGCCAUUUGAAGGUUAUAAAUGAAGAGCCCCUACUGCGUGGGGUAUGGGGCAAAGCCCCGGUAGCUUAUUUGCGUAUUAUUUAGCAAACUUAAAGCACAAUGUUGUUUGCAGUCCAUCUUUCUUCCCGCUCUUUAAUUUCAAUCAUCGGCAGCCCGGUCAUGUCAUUAUUUUUUCUUGUCCUUUUUCUUUGUUUUCCAAAUAAGCUUUUGACUAAUUACAUACCUUCGUUUCCCGCUAUUGUUUGCCAUUUUGUCAUCUUUUAAUGUAUUUCCCACCGUGCUAUUGCAUUACAUAGGCCUAUUUCGGAAUGAUUAGUUCUUUCUCAAAUGUUCUUCUUUCGUACAUUUCCCGCUUUCCUUCCUUUCCAUUAAAAAAAAAUUUCUUCAUUUUCUUUUCCCUUUCCCUUCCCUUCCCUUUCCCUCCUUUCCUUUUCCCCUUUCCUUCCCCUUUCCCUUUCUUUCUCCCUCCUUUUUUUCUUUUUCCCGUUUUUCUUUUAUUUUCCCGGUGAAAUCCGCCAGGGGGGGCAACUUGCCCCCCCUGCCCCCCCGCCUGUUACGCCACUGUCGGUCGUAUGAUUGUAAUAACUUUUGCCAUAACUUACAACUCUAUUAAUAAAAAAGAAUGUGAAACCGAGUGGAUUCGAUUGUGUGUGGGGGGGGGGGGGGCAAGGGGUGAAGGUAUGAGCGUCAAUUUUAAAUUUCUAUAUUUAUAUAUUAUAAGGCGUUUAAGUGUGUUGUACGAGGGCCAAUGUUCUGACAUAGGCCCAUGCGCUCUGGUGAUAGUCUUGAUACGUAAACCUUUUUAUUGAACAAUUUUGUAAUAAGUGUUCUUAUCUUAAUAGAAUAACAUGAAUGUUUAGAAGCACACUCAUUGUGAACAUUUUUUUUAAUAUUGUAGUUCUUAUCGUGCUCGUGGGUUCAGUAUAUACUACAAUGAAUGUGCUUCUAAACAUUCAUGUUAUUCUAUAAAGAUACAAAUAAUAUUAUGCAUAUAUACUACAAGACUACGAACUAUUGCAUUGUGGGUAAUUGAACAAAGGACUAAUUCGAGUUAUUCAGGACUUGAUCAUAUGCUUUUCGAUUUGGUGGUUAAAUCAUAUUUUAUACUAGUAUAUUAAAAUACCACAUUCUUGAAUAGCUGGUAGGUUAUAAGCACCUUUUCUUGACGUUACUGUUGUAAUUCUUAUCAAUUAGUAAGUUUCUUAAUCGUCUUUUUUUUAAAAUCAGCUGUCUGCUGCUUUGGGUUCUCUCGUGGAAUUCUGACUUGAUUGAACAAGUUUUGUGCGUAACGUAUGAGUCGAUUUCCCGAUUUACUUCAGUUCUGAAAUAUAAAUGUUUUCUUGGAGAUUUGCCAAGCUCAUCAUAAAUCAUGAUUCCCUUUAUUCAAUAA